AUAGUGCUGGCCAGGGGACUUCAAAGAGCCACUGGUGAUUUCCAGCGAAACACUACAACAGUAGCAGCGCAAGGUGUGAUCAACAGUCUGUGUGCAAGUAUGUCAACGCGAUUCCACAAGAUUCAUGCCAACCACAUACUAGCAGAUACUGCUGCACUUGACCCUCGUUUUAAGAGGAUGGCCUUCCCUGAUGGCAGAACAGCAGAUGAGACGUUUCAAAGGCUGUCAACUGCAGCAGCAAGAAUAAGCAGUGGCACACCCAUCCAGCAGCAACCAGCUGUGGAAGGACCGGAAGGAGCAGGCAGUGGUGCUGGAUCAAUAGUCUGGAGCUAUUUCCAUGAGGAAGUGGCUGGAACAGUGGAAGCCAGGAAUCCCACCGCCGAUGCUGUCAUGGAGGUGCGAGCCUACCUGGAGGAGCCUCUUCUUCCAACACAUGAGGAUCCCCUCAAGUGGUGGGAGAGUCGAGCCCCUGUUUACCCCAGGCUUAGCAAGCUGAUGGCCAGGAAGCUUUGUGUUGUGGCGACAUCAGUUCCCUCUGAGAGAAUAUUCUCGAAAACUGGCCAGAUAAUCUCAGAGAGGAGAAGUCGCCUUAAACCCAAAAUGGUCAGAGCUCUUGUCUUCCUUAAUGCAAAUUUGCCCAAGGACAAGAGAGAGAGGCAGAAAAAGCCAUAAAGUCAGGAACUGCUUUGUAUUUAUUUACAUAGCAUUUUGUGUCAUUUAAAACUUGAAGGGGCUGAUGUCCUAUUUGCAGUUU